CAAACCACCUGUUGAUAAACAUUAAAAUAAAAAGCACGAGGGCAAAAAAACAAAUCGCCCAAGCGUGGGGCACGUUCUACAUGGUUGACUCUAGACUCGAUAAUAAAGCUGUAUAUGUGCGUGCAUGCACCUGAAUGAAAAGCAACCAAAUCAGACGAGAUGUUUAAUUUUCUUUCAUUCGCUCUGGUCGUCGGAUUUAUUGCAGCCGCGGCUUAUCUUUUCCGAUCAAAGCUGAAUCUUCCACCAAGUCCGAUAGGUUUCCCUGUGAUCGGACACCUCCACCUGCUCAAAGAUCCCAUGCAUCGUUGCCUUCGUGACCUCUCUCUAAACCUAGGUCCAGUGUUUUCGCUCAAGCUUGGCUCUUGUCGAGCCGUGGUCGUCACGUCAGCCUCCGCAGCUGAGGAAUUCUUAACUCACGAAAAUGAUGUUGUUUUCGCAAACAGACCUACCAGUACUCUCUUCAAAAUCGCUGGUUACAACAACACGAUAGUUACCGUAGCUCCCUACGGAGACCACUGGCGCAACCUCCGCCGUAUCUGCAACGCCGAGAUAUUCUCCACCGUUCGUCUCAGAGAAUCCUUAGGGAUCCGGAGAGACGAAGUGAGGUCUCUGCUUCGGACGAUCCACGCCGCCGCCGCGGCGGCCACAUCAAAAGGAGGAAGUAACUUGUUGGAGCUACGACCGUUGCUUUAUGGGUUUACCUUGAACGUUGUCAUGAGAAUGGUCGCUGGAAAAAGAUACUACGGCGAGGAAAACGUGGAUGCUAAGGAAGUGCAGGAGCUGAUCAGAGAAACUUUCGAGCUCGCAGGGUUAACUUACGUCGGCGACUUUCUUCCGAUUUGGAAGCUGUUUGAUUUCGAUAGAUACAUUAAGAGAGCCAAGAAACUUGGCUCCAAGUUGGACAAGUUUUUGCAGGGACUGGUAGACGAGAACAGAGCAAACAGGGGAAAAAAUGAGUUCAAGAACACCAUGAUCACUCAUUUGCUUACCCUUCAAGAAUCACAACCUGACUACUACACCGACGAGAUCAUCAAAGGACUCGUACUGGUGAUGUUAUCUGCUGCGGCGGAGACAACGACUGUGACAUUGGAGUGGGCUAUGGCUAACCUUCUAAAUCAUCCAGAUGUUCUAGUGAAAGUCAAGACGGAAUUAAACAACGUCGUUUCGAAAGAAGGGCGUUUGAUGGAGGAAUCUGAUACUAGCACUUGUACAUAUCUCAAUAGUGUGAUCUCGGAGACUCUUCGUCUCUAUCCUGCAGUGCCAAUGCUGGUUCCCCACGCGUCGUCCCAUAAUUGUAAAGUUGCUGGGUUUGAUAUUCCACGUGGCACAUGGCUACUCAUCAACGCGUGGGCUAUUCAGAGAGACCCAAAGGUAUGGUGGGAUGAGCCCGAGGCUUUUAAGCCGGAAAGGUUCGACAGUAAAGAGUCGAAGAUGCAACAUGGUAAGUUUCUACCUUUUGGUAUAGGUAGAAGAGCGUGUCCUGGAAUGGGGCUGGCCCAAAUUGUAUUGAGCUCAGCUUUAGGGUCGUUGAUCCAGUGUUUUGAUUGGGAGAGGGUUGAAGACAUUGCAGUUGACAUGUCGGAAGGAAAAGGUCUUACCAUGCCUAAAGCUGUGCCUUUAGUUGCCAAAUGCAAGUCUUCUCCUAUCCUAGACAACCUUGUUUUUUAAUUUCUUGUAUUUUAUCGACGAUCAUCGACAUGCAUUGCAUUGUUGCUAAUAAAGAACAUUUUUAUUUUGUAUUUCUUGAAUAGUUUCAAGAAAUUUAAUUUUUUUAAUCAUCGUCUCUAGGUCCAUGAAUCGAGAUUGCUCACUAGAUUUCCUCUUUACGUUUCUUAAAUCCCAAAAUUAUUAUGCCUAGUCCCAAAUGUUGAAAGAAAAACGCUCUAGAUAUUUCUUUUCUUCCUCCAUUAAGACCACCCGCAUCGGAGGUUUAUGAGAGAGUCAUGGGCUCGGUAUCAUAGGCCUUUUCGAUUAAAAGAAAUGAAUAAAUGGGUUUCAACCCGUGAACCGGGUCUUCCAAGUGAGCCCGUAUGAUACGGGGUCAUGCCACGCGGCGCAGAGGGAGUGGCUACGCGAUCUCGCGUGUUGAGUGAGAAAAAAAGGGUUUCGCGUGAAAGAUCCCAUUUUCCCUUCUCUCUUCGAAAUCUAGGGUUUCUCCGUCUCUGAGGCAAUUUCGUGUCCGAGUCCAGAGCCGGAGAUUUUCUCGAUCAAUUCGUCGUCGGAGUCACUCGUAAACGCUCUCAGAUGGAUCCCGAAGCAGAGAUAAGAGACACAAAGAGAAGAAAGGAGCACAUCGAUAUGCUUUCAUACGUGUGUGAUUCAGAACACAGGAUUCCGACGAGGUGUCCCUGUGGUGGGAGUAUAAUUCACGAGGUUUGUGGGAAGGAGGAAUACGACACUCUCCCCGGCAAGCGUUUCUUCACCUGCAUAAACUACGAGGCUGAUGGUUUUCAUUAUCGUCAGCCUUGGGUCAUUGGUGUGCAGGAGCAUAUCGAACGGCUCACAAGCCGUGUGGAGGAGGUGGAGGCGGUGAUCAAGUGGGUGCCAGAGGUGAAUAAUAAGAUUAAGAGUCUGGAGGUAAUCUGACUUCCCACUUUUGAAUUUUGUUUUGUAAUUUUUUUCUUAUAUUUUAUACAGUGACUAACACCAUCUCAUUGUCAUUUCCUUGUACAGGCAGAGGUAAAAGCCCUCACUGUGGAGGUUGAUAGGCUCACUGGGAAGGUUUAUAAUCUGACCGUGCAGGUGGAUCACUUGGAGAAAUGCUGCUUCGACUGAAAACACAAAGGUCACCAGUUCAAGGAGGAGGAUGCGUGGAUGGUUGCAGGUCUCUGUUUCUUUAUGUAUCAAAUCAAGUCACGGGUGGUAAUGUAGUAGUAGGUAGUGGUAGGUUAUGUAAGAUGGAAUCACGGGAGAGUGUAGUGUUUUCCAACUUUCUACACUCGUUUUAUGUAUGUAUCAAAUCAAGGGUAUGUCCCCACGGCUUUGCUUUUGUACUCACAGGUGUAUGUACCCACAUGCUACUUGCUUCAAUGUUUUUCUAUAUAAAUGACUAUGUGUUUCAUUCUAUUUA